AUGACUUCUGCUUCACCUGAUGUCCGUUCGCUGCUGUCGCUGCAAGGCAAAGUUGCCAUUGUAACUGGAGGUGCUCGAGGCCUUGGCUAUGAAAUGAUGCGUGCACUUGCUGAAUCCGGCGCUGACGUUGCGUGCAUCGACCUGUUGGCAGAGACAGGCGCCGAAGCAAUCGCCAAAAUUGAGUCUGAUUGCAAGGUCAAGGGUAGCAGUUGGGGCUGCGACGUGACCAAUGAGGAAGACGUGGCCAUGGUCUUUAACCAGAUCGCAGAGCACCAUGGUGGCAUCGAUAUUUUGCUCACAGCCGCCGGUAUCAACAAGACAUGUCCUGCCGUCGAGUACACAGCCAAGGAUUUUCGCAAGAUCUUUGACGUGAAUGUCAGUGGCACCUUCUUCUGCGCACAAGCAGCAGCCAAAUACAUGAUGCAGACAGGCCGUCCCGGCUCAAUCAUCACUGUCGCAUCCAUGUCAGCCCAUAUCACCAACCGACCACAACCACAUGCCCCGUACAAUGCUACCAAGGCUGCUGUACUGCAGCUGACAAAGUCGCUUGCUUGCGAAUGGGCUCCCCACAACAUCCGUGUCACUGCUAUCUCUCCUGGCUACUUUGACACUGAAAUGAACCGCACGAUUUUGGCACAGCAAGGCGAAGAAGGCGUCAAGAUGCGGCAGACGUGGGAGACACAGACACCCGCUGGUCGACUGGGAACGCCUCACGAACUCAAAGGCGUGAUCGUGUUCCUUGCCUCAGAUGCCUCUACGUUCUGUACUGGAACAGAAAUAGUGGUCGAUGGUGGCUACACUGCUUGGUAG